AUGCCUCAAGAAAGGAUUGAGAAAGGCAAGAGAGUGCGCGCUUGCACUAUUUGCGGCCGGACAUUCAAGAGGACUGAACAUUGUAUUCGACAUGAGCGCGCGCAUUUCCGGGAGCGCCCGUUCUCAUGUCGAUUUUGCCAAAAAUCCUACGGCAGAAAAGACCUGCUUGUCCGACACGAGCGCACUCUUCAUGCUGAUGAAUGGGCCAAUGCUCAACUAAACGCCUCCCAAGAUGCCUCUGCACGUCCAGCCCGUCGUCGUCAGAGCCGAAAUAGUUGGAGUCAGGUCCAUCCACUCCCACAAGUUCUCCCACAGCUAGAGUCUCAGUACAAGGAAGACUUGCAGACCGGAAUGCGCAUCAAUGACGAGACUGUUAUACAAUAUGAGAGCUUUCUUCCAUCACCGCGCGUAUCUUCAUCUGAUAUCAGCGAUCCGGAGUUAGUCACUAGUACUUCGGAUGGGAUGGCCGUCGAGCUCCCAAUGGAUCCUAAUCUUUUGCAUGACGUCUAUAUGCCUGUCGGUGCAAACAGUGAACCUGCCCCUUACCAAUACAUCCCUACUUAUCCGAUAGAUCAGCGUCAUGCCGCAUACGACUCACAUAUGCAACCUUAUAUCGUGGAACAGUUCAAUCAGUACCAGGGAUUUCCAAUUGACCCCAACCUCACUGCAGGUGUUCCACAGAUUGACAAUCAGCUAGCACUCCCAGACAGUACAUUUUCGGAUGCCGAAAAUGUGAAUAUACUCGCUUUAUUCCCAUUUCCGAAUCUCGAUCAACAAAUUCUAAUCAGAUGUUUUGAUGAGUCCUUCAGCGGUAAAUCCACGUUGGAGCUUCUGAAGAAUGCGUCAAAUAACACCACGCCGUCUUCUAACUUAUCUUCGCGUGAACCUCGUCGUCGAGGACGGCCACCUCGCAAUGCAACAAUAUCAAGUAACACACAGCCCUGUAUAACAUUCACAGAAGAUGAUCGAUCUUCUCUUCUAGCCGAUCUGAAAGAAAAGUUUGAUUGCGAGAUUGAGGAAUCUUUAAUACCUGAUUCACAGGACAUUCAAAGCCUUUUAACCCGAUUCUUCGAGUCAUUCAACACUCGUUUACCAUUAUUUCAUCUUCCCUCGUUUAAUAUCUUGACUACACCUCCUCCUUUAUUAUUGGCGAUAUGUUCCAUUGGUGUGUUGUUUGGACAUGACAAAGGUUCUGCCAGUACGCUUCGAGAACUUACGAAGCAGGCCCUGCAAAACGUGGAGUCCACUUCUAAUCGAUCCUUGUGGGAAGUUCAAUGCAAACUACUUCUUACCGCCCAGGCAGCUUUUGGUGGCGAUUUUAAGUCGGUGAAUUGGGCAGUUGAGAAUGUCGGCUUCAUUCAAAGAGAGUUUUCGGCACGCAAAACAGCACUGUUGGCUGCCCCCAAACAGGAAAGCGACAGCUGGCCUGAUUGGAUAUCUAGAGAGUCGUCAAAGCGUCUACUCUUGGGCAUGUUUAUCAUAAGUGGCAUGUUGACGCUCACCUACAAUAUUUCGCCCUGCAUCUCUACCACGGAAGAACUCAAGAUCGAAAUGCCCUGCGAAGAACAUAUUUGGAUAGCGGCAGAUGAGGACCAAUGGCGAAAGGCAUCGGCUGCCCAAAAACCGCCUAAGACAGAUAUAUAUACUGCUCUGACAAAGAUUUUGUUUAGCAAAGACUUUGAUCUCGAUUCGGAAAGCCAAUGGCCUGCCUUUGCAGUGACCGUUUUGAUGCAUGCAGUCAACGUGCAUAUGUGGCAUAUAACGCAGUCUACUCAGUCAUUCACGAGCUUCUCCGCCGAUGCGAAAGAAGAAGAACAGAUGAAAGCUUUAUGCACCAGCCAAACAGAAGCGGCAUUAUCUCGAUGUUAUAUGGUCCUUGCGCACCGGAGCUCGUCCGACGGCGAAAAUUUCUGGGACGAUGUCGAAGGUCCUUUACUUUUCAAUGGCAUGGCAGUGCUCCGUAGCUGCUAUGUACGUGCUUUCACCGGUAGUGGAAGCUUCAAUCGCGCUUUGCUUUUUAAUGAUGAUGAGCAAGUAAUAUCCACGGCGAUCAAAAAAUACAUCAAAGGCGACCAGGUUCGCACACCUUUUCUCUCGGGGGCCAUUACACAGGCUUUUGAUGGGUUGUUGGCUCCGUUAGAUAUGGUACACAAGCUCUCCGAGAAGGAAAGUGUUUUAGGAUGGAGUGUAGAACAUGCGUUAGCCAUGUGGGAUACUGCUCUAUUUUACACCAAAUGGGUACACAAUAUGGAAACGCAAGGUGCCUAUACCCAGCCUGACCACGAGGAAAAACAGAAUUUGGAGAAGUUACUGGAGGUAUUGAGAAGAAAUGACGAACAUUGGAGAGAAAACCAGCCUAUCGCUGCUAGUCUAGCCAGGCUAUUCGCUAGCUUCAUUGAUGCUAAUUGGACUUGGAAAGUGACCUGUCGAAUGAGCCAUGUGCUUCAUGAAUUGGCCCUUGUCUACGAGAACGAUGAGGGUGUAUAAAUGAAGGUCUCAGUUGCAGUUGUCAGGCUUUCCUAUGCAACACGAAGUCUCUGAUUUCAAGAAAAAGGUCUUGUGCCACACCUCACAUAUAUUCGGGGUGCUGGAACGUGGAUAUAAUGACUCUAUCCACGGAGAUCUUCCCCCUCCUCGAUUAUAUGAUGUAUAAUUUGUCCAUAAGUCUACCGAUGACACGAUAUAGAUACCCGGGGAAUGGUGUUU